AACGUUCCCAACAAUGACCAGAAGGACACAGAUGGCAACGGGGAAGGAGAUGCCUGUGACAACGACGUGGAUGGGGAUGGCAUCCCCAAUGGAUUGGACAAUUGCCCUAAAGUCCCCAACCCACUACAGACAGACAGGGAUGAGGACGGGGUGGGAGAUGCUUGUGACAGCUGUCCUGAAAUGAGCAAUCCUACCCAGACAGAUGCAGACAGCGACUUGGUGGGGGAUGUCUGUGAUACCAAUGAAGAUAGUGAUGGGGAUGGGCAUCAGGACACCAAGGACAACUGCCCACAGCUGCCAAAUAGCUCCCAGCUGGACUCAGACAACGAUGGACUUGGAGAUGAGUGUGAUGGGGAUGAUGACAAUGAUGGCAUCCCAGAUUACGUGCCUCCUGGUCCUGAUAACUGCCGCCUGGUACCCAAUCCCAAUCAGAAGGACUCAGAUGGCAAUGGCGUUGGUGAUGUGUGCGAGGAUGACUUUGACAAUGAUGCUGUGGUCGACCCCCUGGAUGUGUGUCCCGAAAGUGCAGAGGUAACGCUUACGGAUUUUCGGGCCUAUCAGACCGUCGUCCUGGAUCCUGAGGGUGAUGCUCAGAUUGACCCAAACUGGGUUGUGCUCAACCAGGGCAUGGAAAUCGUUCAGACCAUGAACAGUGACCCUGGCUUGGCAGUUGGAUACACGGCCUUCAAUGGUGUGGACUUUGAAGGCACCUUCCAUGUGAACACAGUGACUGAUGAUGACUACGCAGGCUUUCUCUUCAGUUAUCAAGACAGUGGCCGCUUCUACGUAGUCAUGUGGAAGCAGACGGAGCAGACCUACUGGCAGGCUACACCCUUUCGGGCAGUUGCCCAGCCCGGGCUGCAGCUCAAGGCAGUGACAUCAGUGUCUGGCCCAGGUGAGCACCUCCGAAAUGCCCUGUGGCAUACUGGCCACACCCCCGAUCAGGUACGACUACUGUGGACGGACCCACGAAAUGUGGGCUGGCGGGACAAGACCUCCUAUCGCUGGCAGCUUCUGCACCGGCCUCAAGUUGGCUACAUUCGGGUGAAGCUCUAUGAGGGACCCCAGCUUGUGGCGGAUUCUGGGGUGAUCAUUGACACAUCCAUGCGAGGGGGGCGUCUUGGUGUAUUCUGCUUUUCCCAAGAAAACAUCAUUUGGUCCAAUCUCCAGUAUCGAUGCAAUGACACAGUGCCUGAGGACUUUGAGCCAUUCCGGAGGCAGCUGCUCCAGGGAAGGGUGUGAGGAGGAGGCCACCGGAUUCAGAAUUCAGAAUUUUAGACCCUUUGGCCUUGGGGUCCACCCUGGAGACCCUGAGGUCUAAGCUACAGCCCCUCAGCCAACCACAGACCCUUCUCUGGCACUCAAAAGGAGUUCAGUUCCAGAGGGGUGGUCGCCCCACUGUUCAGGGGAUGAGUUUUCAAGGGGUAUUACUCAGGCACUAACCCCAGGAAAGAUGACAGCACAUUGCCAUAAAGUUCUGGUUGUUUUCUAA